UCGACAAUGCUUAAUACCUCUAGUACUACAACUGCGAAUGCCUCUUUGCCUACUAUGCAAGGGCCAACCGAAAAGUUGAAAUAUCCAUUGGUUUGUGUAACACCAUUUGGAACUAUUUCAAUCACCAUGGCGCAUAAUGUUAAUAUUGAAAUUAGUUUGGAUCGUUCUAUUCGUGUCGUAUGCUGGAAUAAGUUUGCGGUAUUUUUUAAAUUUGUUGAUGUUCUCAAAUUUGCUUUAACAGAUCUCAAGUACUCAUAAGGGCUCAAAGUCUGGUAUUCUCCAUCCAUUUGGACACAUACUUCAGGAGGAAGAUAAAGUGUUCUGUUACUUUUAUCCUGGCAAUGAUAGCAAUUUGGAGACGC